AUGUGGGCGACCCGUGCCGUCACUGCCGUCCCUGCCGUCCCCGAACUGUCCACGCCCAUGUCCAUGUCAGGCAAGAUGGCCAACCGUCUCCGCGCAGUAGUCGAGGCCGAGCUUCCCCCAGCCCUCCCAGAGUCGCCAGAAGUCAUCAUGCGUGCCCACCGCCCACUUCCCCCAGUCCCGGUGAAUGGGACCCGCCCAGGUACGACGGCGUUAGGAUUGGCCCUUAGGCCAUCCCUCUCGGUCCAUGUCCUCCCCUCGGGACUGCCGACGCCGCCGAUCGACAGCCCGACUUGGACUGCCGACUCGCCAAAGUCCUGGACCUCGAAUUCGAUCAAUUCCGAUAGCCCCAAGUCUUGGACUCAAGACGUCACUAAACCAAUUCACGCUCAGCCACUUCCACCCCUUCCACCCUGUAAGGCCCGCUCUCUUGGCCGCAAACUUCCCGCGACCCUCACCGAGAGCCUCGAACUCCUAGUUCGCGUCCAAGAGCAUUGCCACAAACUUGGUGGUGCGCCAACAAGCUCUCUCGGCGCCGUCCCUGAAGAGCCCCUCUCCACUUCCCCUCCCCGCAAUCGGCGUGACUCGCACCCUGGUCCUCCACCAGCCAUCCGUCGCUUAGUCGAGCCGGCCUACGCCUCAUGCAUCAAUCUCCAAGCGGUUCCCGAGGGGGCCACCGUCCCCACCUCAUUGCACCCGUCGCGCCCCCCGCGCCGUGUCACCGCCCCAGCUCAGCUGCAGCGCACGCGCUCGGCUUCCUCGGACUCGAGCUCUUCUGGCGACUGGCCCGAAACGCCCCCCACGAGCGUGUACGCCGGGCAUUCUGCUGGCGCAGAGUCCGUCCCGGUCUUCUCCUCGUUGCCCGAGGACAUGCGGCGCCGCCCACCCAUGCGCUCCGUCGUCGCGCUGGACCAGUACCCCCUCUCGUCCGCCACCCUCGCCUACGCCGCCGAGCUCGAGCUACUCGAUGAGGCUGGCCGUUCCCUCCGCUUCGGUGACGUUCUCUCCUCGAAGCGCACCCUCGUCGUCUUUGUGCGCCACUGGCUCUCCCCCUCGUGUGCCGCGUACCUCCGCGAGCUCAUCGCCGCACUUUCUCCGGCUGUCCUGGCUCGCGCGCACGCCCGUGUCGUCUUUGUUGGGCACGGCGCAGCCAACCUGAUCUCGGGCUUCCGCCAGCACCUCCAGUGCCCCUUUACCGUCUACACCGACCCCACUAGGCGGCUGCACGACGUGCUCGGCCUCGUGCCCAAGGGUUCCAAGGGCUUCCACUUUGGCCGCGCCAAGGACUUGUUCAUGGGCGCUGCUCGUAUCGGCCUCCGCUCGGGCAACAGGGCCCAGAUGGGCGGUCUGUUCGUGUUCGACGGGCAAGAUAUUGGAUUCGCCCACCGCAUGCGCGGUGAUGGCGAUCACGCGCCCCUUGCCAAGGUCCUCGAGGCCGUGUCUCUCCGCCCGGCCCCGCUGCCACCCGUGGCCGGGUCAAAAGCCCCGCUUGGCCACCGCAGCUCGGUGUACAUCUCGCGCCCUGGGCCCUCAAACCAGCCUCGUGGCGCGCAAUCCUGCACGGCACUUAUCGACCCGCCCCAGCGCCUCGUGUUUCCCCUUCCACCCUCCUCCCAAAACAGCCAGGAGACGCGCAAGAGGCGUUUGUCGGCACAGCGCGACGCCGUCGCCGUCGUCUACCCCGACGACAUCGCCCGUGUCAGCUGUGAGAUGCGGGGAUUGCGAGUGUGA